UGUGUGUCAGGGAAAUUCAUUCUGAAGGCCGAACUCAAUCAAUGUCAAGUAGUGGUAAUUGGUGUUUAAUAGAAAGCGAUCCUGGAGUAUUCACUGAACUUAUUAGAGGUUUCGGUGUAGAAAGUUUGGAAUGCGAAGAAGUUUAUGAUCUCACAGAAACAAGCAACGUGUCUGACGCACUUGGGUUUAUUUUCUUAUUUAACUACGAUGACAAACAAGAUAAUGUUGGAAAAGUGGUAACUGACGCAAAUAACAGGGGCAUAUUUUUUGCGAAACAAACAAUUUCAAAUGCUUGUGCGACUCAAGCAAUUAUUAAUAUCUUGCUAAAUAUUGAUGACAAAGUGCCCAUUGGUCCAACGCUGUCUGAUUUCAAGUCUUUUGUGUCAGACUUUGACAGUACAAUGAAGGGUACUGCUAUAAGCAAUUCUGACCAAAUUAGAGUCGUACAUAACAGCUUUAGCAAUUAUCAGUUAUUCGAGUUUGAUGAGAAGACCCCUAAGUCAAAUGAAGACGUUUACCAUUUUGUUGGUUAUGUUCCUAUUAAUGGUACUUUGUACGAAUUAGAUGGCUUAAAACCCGGCCCUGUUGAUCACGGAAAACUACCUGAAGAUUCAUCUUGGAUAGAUUCGGUUCGUCCGUUGCUAAUGAAGCGUAUGGAGAAAUGUGUAGACGGAAAGUUCAAUAUAAUGGCAGUAGUCCCUAAUCGACUUGCUAUGUACGAAAAACAGUUGGCACAAUAUAAAAAGGACUCAAGUGAUGUAAGUCUGUACAUUUUACGUUUCAGUGGGUACCAUUUGCGUGACCAUUUUCUUGUCACUUGAUGAAGUUAUAGUCUUGAAAACUGCGAACGUGAACGCAAACUGAAGAGUUAUCCUGAGAAUAUCUCUUCCUUACUUGACAGGAUUUUCAAAGAACUCUACCAUACUACUCCCUUCUUUUUUUAGAAAAGCCACGAAACAAGGAUAAUAUAUUCACACCAGGUUACGGUUUCUCAACAGAAAAUUAAGAUUCUGUGAGAACUCAUUUGAGUCACUCGGGAAGUCGUUUACCUGUUUUGAGUAUCUGCAAAUCAAAAUUAUGAAAGUGUGAGCAGAAUACAACUCAGUGAGCCAAAUCCAAAAUGAUAUGCUGAGGGAUUGGUGCAAAUACAUAUCUCCGAAUUAUUCUAAGCUAUGCUAAUUUAGUGAACUAAUUUGUAUCCAGAAAAUUCUUACCUGAAACCGUUCAUAUUUGGCAGUUACAACCUCCAUAUUUUGUUGCCAAAUUUGUUUAACGUCCAGUAGAUAUCUCUAAUAGUUAAGUGUUUCUCGAGGAAUUAGAGUUAUCGUCAAAACGAAGCAUUCAUUACAUCAUAUCAGGCAUGAAACAUUUACGAGCACAUUUCAAACAUUGUUGAUAUCCUUUGACUAGAAAGAAAUCCAUGUAUAAAUCCAGCUGUUAAACACAAACAGAUGAAUAUUCUGUGUUUUUGAAACUCAGUGUUAGUCGAUAAUCACUUAUUUCACUGAAUAUUACACAUAUCAUUUGUCAUUCAUUUAGUUAGUUAUAAUAUUCACGCUUAGAAUAACAAAAAGACUGACAUCUCCAACUUGUGACAGCAUAAAGAGCAUCCCUUCUUUCUUGUAAGUUUUGGUAGGGUUACGAAAGUAACUCGGAAUCUUGAAAAUGCUAGUUAAAUACGAAGCACGUUAAGUUCUGAUUACAUCGUUUAGUGAGUUACUUUAUGUUUUCACUAGUUACCGGUCACAUACAAGUUUAUUUAUUUUAACACAGAUAUUGGUACAAGGAGGCACCAAAUACAUAUGCGCCACACAAAUCUCAUUUGAUUUGUGUGAGAACUGUGAUACUGCCCGG